ACCAGCCUAUGGGAAAGCCUGCUCCAGCCGGUGGACAGGGAGGGCUGAUGUACCACCCAGGCUUGCUAGGGCAGGCCGUAGGAAUGGCAGCGAGGGAGUUAACUGCCACCACUUGCUCCUCUAGGAGGAAAAAUUCCCCAUGAACGCAGUGGCCUUCUUGGUCUCAUUCCAGGGCUGAGAGCAGGAGCUGAGAACUGGAGAGCAGGCAUGCGACCAGCUCUCCUGCUGUAGCUUGCACUCAAGGAGGACAGUUGUUCUGCCGCCACGAGCCGUCUGUCCACACACCCACCUGUCCGCUUGGCUGUCCACUGCUCGUCUGUUACCCUGUCUGUCCUUCUGCAACCCCGCCUUUGUCCAGUUGUCUGUCUGACCAUCCUCCUCUUGCUGUCUUCUCUCCAAUCUGUUUGUCUGCCUGUCUGUCUGUCUGACUCUGGCCCCAUCUGUUUGUCUAUCUGUCCUGUCACCUGUGAAUCCCUCUGGGAAUUGUCUUGUCCAUUUAGCCACGCAGCUGUCUGUGCAUCUGUCUGCCCACCGGCCUCCUCUCCAGCCUCCUCCCAGGGCUGCAGAGCCAUGGCCCAGGGCUACGGGGUCACGCUGGGCGUGGUGCUUCUGGGGCUGGGCCUGGCCCUGGCCAUCAUCGUGCCCGCCGUGGUCCUCUCCCGCCACCACCCUCGCUGCGGCCCCCAGGCCUUCUCCCGUGCUGCGGUGGCUGCCGAUUCCAAGGUCUGCUCAGACAUUGGACGAGCCGUCCUCCAGCAGCAGGGCUCCCCCGUGGAUGCCACCAUCGCGGCUCUCGUCUGCACCAGCGUUGUCAACCCCCAGAGCAUGGGCCUGGGCGGAGGGGUCAUCUUCACCAUCUACAAUGCGACCACAGGGAAGGUGGAGGUCAUCAAUGCCAGGGAGACGGUGCCCGCCAGCCAUAACCCACGUCUGCUGGACCAGUGUAAACACGCCCACCUACUGGGCACAGGGACCUCGUGGAUAGGCGUGCCCGGGGAGCUCCGUGGCUACGCCGAGGCCCACCGCCGCCACGGCCGCCUGCCCUGGGCGCAGCUGUUCCAGCCCACCAUUGAGCUGCUCCGCGGGGGCUACCGCACACCCUUCGUCCUCAGUCAGUUCCUGAACAACAGCCUGCUUCGCCAUUUCUUGCUGAAGUCCUCCCUGAAGCAGCUCUUCUUCAAUGGGACGCAGCCCCUGCAGCCUCAGGACCCUUUCCCUUGGCCCGCGCUGGCCGACACCCUGGAGACGGUGGCCAGGGAAGGCGCAGAGGUCUUCUACUCAGGGAGGCUGGGCCAGAUGCUGCUGGAGGACAUUGCCGAGCAGGGCAGCAAUCUGACCAUGCAGGACCUGGCAUCGUUCCAGCCUGAGGUGGUGGACGCCCUGGCGACGCCUCUGGGGAACUAUACCCUGUACUCGCCGCCACCGCCUGCAGGGGGUGCACUUCUCAGCCUCGUCCUCCACGUGCUGGAAGGGUUUAACUUCUCUGCGGAGUCAGUGGCCAGUUCUGAGGGAAGUGUGGACUUGUACCAUCACCUCGUGGAAACGUUCAAGUUUGCCAGAGGGCUGAGGUGGCGGCUGUGGGACCCUCGAGGCCACCCGGAAGUCCAGAACAGCUCCUGGGAGCUGCUGGGGGAGUCUCUGGCCCAGCACAUUCGCCAGAAGAUUGACGCCCGGGGUGACCACCAGCUCAGCCACUACAACCUGGAUGGGACCCAGAGCCACAGAAUGGGCACGGCCCACGUGUCUGUGCUGGGGGAGGACGGCAGUGCCGUGGCGGCCACCAGCACCAUCAACACCCCCUUCGGAGCGAUGGUGUACUCCCCGCGCACGGGCAUCCUCCUCAACAACGAACUGCUGGACCUCUGCUGGAGGCGCCGGCCUGGCUCUGGGGAGGCCCCUCCGCCUGUUCCAGGUGAGCGGCCCCCAUCAUCCAUGGUCCCCUCCAUCUUGGUCAACACAGCGCAGGGGUCGAAGCUGGUGAUCGGAGGGGCUGGUGGGGACCUCAUCAUUUCUGCUGUGACCCAGGCCAUUGUGAACAAACUGUGGCUUGGCUUUGAUCUGAGAGCAGCCAUUGCAGCCCCCAUCCUGCACGUGAAUGACAAGGGUCAGGUGGAAUACGAGCCCCAAUUCAGCCAGGAGGUGCAGCGGGGGCUCCAGCUCCGGGGCCAGAAGGCAGGCAGCAGGCCCUUUUUCCUGAACGUGGUCCAGGCCGUGUCCCAGGAUGGGGCCUGUGUGUAUGCCGUGGCAGACCUGAGGAAGAAGGGGGAGGCCGCAGGCUACUGAGGAGGCUGCGCCUGAGAGCUGGCAUCUGGCUCAACGUCAGUGUGUGGCGCAGGCUGGCCACGGCCAUGACUGUGAAACUGAGUGUUCCUCCAGGACCUGGGCCCCUUGGCUGGGGAGUCAGCCUGGGGUAGCGAGAGGCAGGGACACUGCGGGUGGGGGCUGAGCCCUCCCUCAGAGCUUCUGGUGGCCCUGCCCUGGCCCUUCUAGCCUUCCCCAGGCCUCUCCCCCGGCCUGUGGCGCAUCCUCCCCCUCUGGCCCCACUCCCCAGCUGUGUAUCUUCCCGUUCAAGAUUAAAGAGGAGGCCGACCAUAGCCUCAUCCAGGGCUGAGGUGGGGGAGGGGACCUUCAGAACACAUCACACUGGUUCCUAUAGUCCUUCACAAUUAACCACAGUAGAGGUGGGGAAACCAAGGCCCAGAGGCAGCUGGGCCCAUGCAGGCCACCCUUAGAUGGAAGCAGUACCCCCAUCACUCACUGGGGCUCCAAAAUGUGGUUGCCAAGGGGCCACUUAUUGGGGAAAAGGCAAGGGUGUGGCCCAGGGGCCCUUGGCCAAGGCCUGUCUCUGAGUCUUGCCUUGUGUGCCAGGAAAACAUUGGGUGUAGCAAGACCUAAGACCCCAGCACCUCCCUUGGUCCCACCAGCCCAUGUUCUUACCCUUGGCACUGCUGACACUGGGCGACACAUUCUUUGUCGUAGGGGCUGUCCCCACACUGUGGAAUGUGGGGCAGCAUCCCUGGCCUCUACCUACGAGAUGCAGCAGCAGCAGCCCCUGGCCCCCAACAGCCAGUCACUGAAUUGCCCGUGAUUGACAGCUGCUGCUUGGAAUGAGCCCCUGGACACCGUGAAUGGCGUUGCCCAUUGGUGGGUGGGCCACCCUCACACUGGGGGGGUCCUCACUGGACUGACCGGACCCCACACUAAUUCCUGAGGGCACUGGGGCUUCCCUUGCCCCCCAAACACCCCUUGGGGGCAUGCCUCUACCUGGCAGGGCCGAGAAUCAGCAUUGCCUCGGGUCAUCGCUGCCCCCUCUGCCCUGGAGUUGGGCCACGCGGGGUGGGGGCGGACAUGCGUUCUCCGUGCCUGUGGAGACAGAGGACCACAAAUGGAGCACCUCAGAACAGCAGAAACCUGUUUUCUCCCGGGCUAGGAGACCGAAAUCAGUCUCACUGGGCAGAAGUCAAGGUGUUGGCAGGGCCACAUUCCCACAAGGCUCUGGGGGAGACUCCUUCCGGCCUCUUCCAGCUGCUGGGGCAACUCGUGUUCCCGGGCCUGUGGCCACGCCUCUCCAUCCCUCCCUUGUGGUCUCGUGGCCUCCGCUGUGUGUGGAAUCCCCUUCUGCUCCGGGCGAGUCUAGGUGGGGAAAGCACCCUCAGAGAGUGUAAGGACGCUGAAGGACAUACAGGGCCCACCCUGAGAGGCUGGGAUAAUCUCCCAUCUCACAGCCUUAACUCAAUCACGAAGUCGCUUUGCCAUAGGAGGCAACCCCCACAGCCCCCGGGCAUCCGGACGGGGACAUACUUGAGGACUGUUACUUAGUUGGCUGCACAGGUGGAGAGCAGUCGACAUCCCUGGUCUGGGCUUGUCUAGGAUCGUGGGACAUGUGGAGGUGGCACUCUGGCAGAUUCGGGAGGAAGGUCGGGGACCACAGCACCCUGUGGCAUGCACUCAUGCCGCCUCGAAGCCACCGACCCUCCCAGGGUCUGCCUUCGGGAGGCUGAGGGGGGAGCAGACUCUCUGCAAGGGCGGGUCUGGUUCAGGGUCAGGGGAGGCAGAAGAGGUGGGCUUAGAAGCAGAGCAGAGGGGCUUCAGACCUGGGGGGACCCAGAGGCUGGCCCCCAACAUCAGGACCGGCCUCGGGGUGGCCUCACACUAGGCAGGCUCCCUGGCCACCGUCCCAGUGGCUCCAGAACAUCCACCGAAGGUCACAGUCAGCAAGGGUGACCACGCUUCUGCCCUGCACCCCUUUCAGUUUAAUAGAAGUUCCAGCCCAGCUCUCAUGGGCCCUGCGGGGCCCUUCCUGAGCCAUCUGAGUGGGAAGGGGCUGCUCCACACCAGCCGCAGCCGUCCUGCUGGAGCCAGCAUCUGUGCUCCCGCUUCAGGCCCGUGCACCAGUGAGGCCUGAACCGGCCUGCGAAGGCCUUGGCAGUCCCUCCCUGCAGUGCCUUCCAGCGUCACUCCUGUCCCUGCCUUCUAGUGCCCCCUCCUGACACCCCCUCAGCCCACCCUGGGGCUGUCACCCACCUGGAGGCUCAAUCGCCACUGGUGAGGGCACAGGGACCCCGACCAGCCUGGGCCCAGGCUUCUGGAGCAUCAGGCCACACACCCACUCUCCCCGCUUCAGAGCCUGUGGGUCCACAGGGAGCUCAGACUCAACACACCAGACUGGGGAGCCAGUUCUGAGGCAGCGAAAAGCUCUCUGCUGUCUGCCUCUCCCCCUUCCCAGAUUACUCUCUGCUCUCCCUCCAUCCAUAUGGCUCAGCCCUGGGUCCAUUUCCUUGUCCCUCUCAGCCUCCUUGCCACUGCCGCCACCUUGCUCCAUUCCACACUCGUGACAAUGACGAGCCUUGGACAAGCGUUCCUGCCCCGGCCCCGGGCAGCAUGGAGCCCUGGGCUCCUGGGACCCCAGGAAAAAGCCCACUUCUCUCCCUCCCUGCUUGUCCUGCCCGGGGGGACCUGCCCAGCCCCUGCCCACACCCCACCUGGACCCUCCGGCAAGGUAUUCCCAGCCCUGCCAGCCAUCUGACAGCCGGCUCUUUAAACCUGUCACACAGAGGAAAUCAAAACCAAGACCGUGGUAUUUUCAAAAUAACAUUGAUGUCAGCACAGAUCAGCUCCCACAGGAUACAACUAAAGUAGGGGUCAGGGGAAAAUGUAUUGCCUUAAAUGGUUAGAUGAAUAGGAAUAAAAAUAAAGCAACUAACUUAAGAAGUCAGUAAAGGAACAAUCGGAACAAGCAGGAAAGCAAAAGGAAGGACACAGUCAAAGCUAAAGGAGAGAGGGAUAAAUGGGAACUCAGAAACAACAGGUCUUUGAAAAAAAAUACGACAAGCUAUUUAGCUAGCCAAUCAGAAAAGAGGAAGGAAGUGUGAACACAAAAAAGAAGAAACGAAAAUGGGAAAACAACCUAAGGUAUAGAGGAAGUUAAAAUAUUAUAAAAGAUUACUAAUCUUUAUUCAAAUAAAUUUGGAAAUGUUGACAAAAUAAAUUACUUUUUAAGACAA